AUGUUCGUGGAUGCUCUUCACUAUAGUAAACCAAUACCUUCUGAGAAAGGAUCGUUAUACGAAUUCGAUGCUAGAAAUUUCGACAACGACAACAGUUUUAACAGGGCUCAGACAUUUGCUAGAAUGAUGGUAUCUGAUCCAAAAUAUAAAGGGGAAUCGUUUCAUGAUAACAAUAACACGCUAUGCAAGGUGGGACAACUUAGAGUUAUUGAUAUUAAUGCAUGGAGCGCUCUUUCAAACGCCUGA